CACUGAGGCAGAAACACGCGGCGCUGGAAGCAGCUCCGCAGAGAACGCGUGCUCUGCGGGUGACAUGAGCGCUGCGCACCUGCCGCUGCGGGGGGCUGCUCUUCUCCGGAGGCGCAGGUGACCCUGAGCAUGGCGAGCAUGGCGGACCUGUUGAUCUACAACACCACGUCCGCGUGGAACCGGUCCUCUGCGGGACGCGACCGCUUCAGCAGCCUGGACGACCUCGACGUGCCGGCCGACGUGUCCCCGGCGCUGCGCGUCCUCAUCUCCAUCGUGUACUCGGUGGUGUGCGCCGCCGGGCUGGUGGGGAACCUGCUGGUCUUCUUCUUGAUGAAGGAUCGCCGCGACAGGAGGAAACGCUCCAGCAUCAACCUGUUCAUCCUCAACCUGGCCGUAACGGACAUCCAGUUCGUGCUGACGCUGCCCUUCUGGGCGGUGGACACGGCGAUGGACUUCAGCUGGCCGUUUGGAAACGCCAUGUGCAAGAUCACUCUGUCCGUGACGGUGAUGAACAUGUACGCCAGCGUGUUCUUCCUCACCGCCAUGAGCGUCACCCGGUACUGGUCGGUGGCCUCGGCGCUGAAGGACCGGACCCGGCGGCGCGUGUUCCCGGUGCGCUGGGUGAUCGCGGGGCUCUGGGUCUGCGCCACGGCGGCCACUUUGCCCACCGCCGUUUUCUCCACGGUGAAGAGCGUGGCCGGGGAGCGGCUGUGCCUGCAGGGCUUUCCGGACGGCCAGUCGUGGCUGGCGCUGUACCACCUCCAGAAGAUCCUGGUGGCUUUUGUAUUCCCGAUGCUGAUCGUCAGCGUUUGUUACCUGCUGCUGCUGCGCUUCGUGCGCCUGCGCAGCAGGAACAACAACCAGGUGAAGCUGAGGUCCCGCGUGACACGCUCGGUCACCAUCGUCGUCCUCUCCUUCUUCAUCUGCUGGAUGCCCAACCACGCCAUCACCUUCUGGGGCGUGCUGGUGAAAUUCAACGUGGUCAACUGGGACAGGACGUACUACAUGGUGCACACGUACGUGCACCCGGUGACCGUGUGCCUGGCGCACACCAACAGCUGCCUGAACCCGGUGUUGUACUGCCUCAUGCGCCGCGAGUACCGCAAGAAGAUGAAGGAUCUCUUCUGGAGGAUGUCCUCGCCCGGCGGGACGAACAGCUGCCCGCUGCGUGCGCGCGCCGAGCCGGAGGACACGCAGGUCGUCAUCCCGCUGAACACCGUGGAGACGGAGCACUGCAGACUGUCCGUUCUAACGGACCAGUGCGACGCCGUCUCUUUACGCACAAUAAAGACACUACCGGAUCCAUCCGGGCUCUGAAUCUGCCAAACGCCAACGCCGGUACAGAACCAUCAAAGGCAUCACAGCUUUCCGUGGGGUGUUGCUUUGGACGUUGCAUCGGAAUUGAAAACGUGUGAAAGGGGAGAGAAAUAAAACUGGUGCGUAAAUUGCGCAUCUGUGCGUAAAAACCAUCCUGCUGCGUUUCCCGUUUCCUCUGCGACCACCGCGUUGCUGAUGUUUUGUUCUUGGAAGCUGACUUUGUUUCUCUACGAUGAUCCAUCCUCUGAAGAGACCUCCUCGGGCGCCGCAGAGAGGAUCCAGCUGCUGCCUCGAGCUUCAUUCUGUGGCUCGUUAUUGGUUUUGUGUGUGGCUUCUGUGUCAAAUGUUCGUGCUUGGAGCUUCUAAUAGAAGACAACAUCAGGAGGACACCAAGUGGACAUCAGGAGGACACCAAGUGGACAUCAGCACGGGACAAAGAGCGGCCGCUUACGUAAAGACGCUCUGGCCUAUAAACCUUCAGGUGGACUUUGAUCGUCCUUUAGUCUGCAGAGACGCCGCAUAGCUGCAGGAAACCAGGCAGUGUUCACACACACAAUAACACAC